AUGUCAGUCUUUGGCAACGAUCAUAUUCCUCCACGUAAGUCCUGCCUCGGGAGAUUAUUUGUUUUCCCAGAAGCUCCAAGCGGAUCUAGACUGGCACAAUAUCUGAAUGGGAGGAAUCAACAGCAGCCUCAACAGCCACAAUUUAUGGAUCAAGUAAAUUAAUUAAAGUUUGAUUUAUGAAGGUUUUUUAGGGUCGAUUUAAUAGUAAUGCGAUGAACGGGUUCAAUUCAACUGGUGAGUGAAAAAUAGAGCAUUACACUCGUGUGUUACCUAAAAUAAUAUUUUUCUUUCCAGAAUCUUUUGAUCCUAAUCGAGGAUACGGAAACGCUUAUAUUCCCACGAUAUCAAACGAGGAUGCGCCUCUGAAUAAAGCAGAUCUUGCUAUGUUAACUGUACGUUUACAACGUUUAUGAUAGUUGUAAAUGUUUAGACCAACAUACCUUUGGUGGGUCUACAGGUAUCCAAUGAGGACACAUUAAAACAACGAUGGGCCAAUGCUGGUCAUGGCUCAUUCUUCACCGAGCCGGAUAUACGGAAUGUGAGUUAAACCAUGACUUUAAAAUAUUUAUAAUUAUAGGAACUAAUGCAACGUCAAGUUGCAAUGCAAUGCCAUCAGAGCUCUUCGGCAGGCGAGCCGGCUGUUGUGGAGCAUUUGAGGAAUCUAAGACAGAUCGGAAGGACCCCAGUGAUGCGAUAUGGGCCUACAUGUAUGGAAUAUACGUACAAAGGGAUGAACGUAAAUGAUGGACUCACAUAUUCCGUCCAUCGAAUCAGCGGUACGACUUAUUAGUUGAUUAUAUUAGUUCAUUUAACAUUGAUUUCAGGUGUGCGGCAGAUCAGCCCUUACGCCAUGACACAACUGGAGAAUUGGAGACGGAUCUCGAACUCGAAUAUCGUCCGAUUUCAUGAGGUCUUGCAAACGUGUGCUUGGAAUGAUAAUUGUAAAGUUUGGUGAAGAAUUAAUGCAACUUUUUUAUUAUGGUAAUAUGUUGCUGAUUUCAGCGGUCUUAUUCAUCUACGAGUUCCAACCUUUGGCCGAAACUAUCCUUAAACAUUUUUUCCAUUCAAAUGGAACGUUAAAGUCAAAAUACAGUGGUCAAGGAGUCCCUGGGUUGUCAGAACAGUUGGCCUGGUCCUUUAUUAUUCAGAUUUCGUCGGCAAUUCGUACGAUACAUUCGGCACAAAUGGCUUCACGGUGCAUCGAUGUGAACAGGAUCAUGGUCAAUGCCUCUGGAAGGUAAUCCGGACACAACAGAAUAAUUAAUGUUGUCUUAAGGUUUGUAAUUACUGGUUCUGGCAUCCCUGAUGCGAUGAAUGAGCCCAACAAGAACAUCAUGUCCCUCCAGAUAGAGGAUCUUCGUAUGUUCGGCGCGGUUCUCUGUGCCCUGCUGAAUGGAUCCAUCAAUGGUCAUUCAAAUGUAAAUAUCGACAUGCAUUACUCCCCAGAUCUUCGGAAUGUGAUUAAGUAAGUUCUAAAAUACUGUGAGCACUCUGUUUUUAGAGUUUUAUGUAACGCCCAUGCCAGUCCUAGUCGAGUUACAUCCGUCAAUGAGAUCAUGCCAAUGGUCGGAGCCAGGUUUUACGCUCAAGUGGAGGCCCUUCAGAUUAGAAUAGAUCUUCUGGAGAACGAUUUGGUCAAGGAACUUCAGAAUGGUCGUCUCUUCAGAUUACUUUGCAUGUUGUGCACUGUAACUGACAGGAAUCUGUAAGUUUUUAUUUUUUGGGAUUAUAAAGUUCUUGUUUUAGACCAAAGGAACCUUUUUGGUCAGAACAAAGCGAGAGGUACAUGCUUAAGUUGUUCCGGGACUAUGUUUUCCAUCAGGUGGAUCCCUAUGGCCGUCCAGUUAUGGACCUAGAACAUGUUGUUCUGUCGUUGAAUAAGGUUUGAGUUGGUUCGUUUCUAAAGUCGUGUUGUAGCUGGACAGUGGAGUUGAAGAGAUGGUUCAAUUAGCUUCCAGUGACAAUGAGAAUAUCCUCCUUAACUCCUACAAACAAUUGAGGCAGUAUCUGGAGAGUUCUUUCGACUAUCUGAAGCGAGAAAUGGAGAACCCGAUCACUCCAGAUCUCUCCAAACCCGGUCCCCCGAUGAUUGGCCCUGACGGGCAGCCGCUGGUGUCCGAUGCAGCGAUGGGGAUGCCCCCGGACGCCUUUGGUGAUAUGCCUCCAGGCUAUGUUCUGCCGUUCGCUCCUAAUGUUCCCCCGCCCGGUCCAUCGAGACGAUAG